AUGUCUUUGCAAAAUUUCUCUAAUGAUGAAUUAUUGCUUAAUAAAGAAUCUUCUUGGUUGUCAGAUAAAGAACUGCUCUUAUUAUUUGAUGAACAAUGGCCUUUAUUAUCAGAUAAUAAACUAUUAUACUUAGAUGAUGAACUUUUUGUUGAUAGCAUACCUUUUUCAGAUAAAGAUAAAGAUCCAUCUGAUCAUCUUCGAACUGAGCAUAGAUUAAAUCAAACUGGUUUGCUAUUACCUUUAAAUAGUAAAAGAGAAACAAAACAAUUACAACCUGUUAAAUUAGAUUCAUCACAGCCCACAUUAUUAAAGUUAGUUACUUGCAAACUACAGAGCAAUCUUCCAAAAGAUAAAGAAAGAGAUGUUAGAAAUAAUGCUAGAAUGUUUGAAACCUUACUUCUUAAUGAUGAUGAUUUGUUAGGAAUUCAGAAACUUGUUAAAUUAUUAGCUUCAUUCGCACAUGUUACAACUAUAAUAGAUGGAGACCAUUACCCUACUCUUUCAAUAAUGCUACCAGUUAAAAUCUUACAAGAACACCUAUUUCAAAAAGAAAAAACUCUUACACACCCAACUAUAUGUGAAGUACAGAAUGAAAUUGAGUUGUUAUUUGGUAAAUAUUGGGAAAAACCAGAAAUAGACAGAUAUAUUACAGCUAUGUUGAAUCCAAGAUUUAAAGAUUUAAAUUUUGAGCCAGAAAAAUUUGAAUCAACAAAAAUAAAUUGCAGCAUCGAAUGA